ACACAGUUUACCAAGUGAGCACAUAUGGGAAAUGCACAACAUCUGUAAGCGAUUUACAGCAGGAACACACAAGUCUAACAAGAAGAAAAAAGGAAUGAAGACAGAGCACCCAAGCAUGCUGGAGGAGGGGAAGAUUGAGCAGAGGAAUAAGACUGGGAGAAGAACCACAUGUCGGAUUAGAAAGAAGCAUGUUCGAGUGGGCUUAGCAGAAACUCUCAGCACAUUUGUCAUGAUGGUGUUUGGUCUAGGUUCUGUUGCUCAGGUGGUCACAGGAGGGGGGGUUUUUGGAGAUUUCCUGAGCAUUAAUCUGGGUUUCGGUCUUGGUGUAGCGAUGGGGGUACAUGCUGGUGGGAAAGUGUCAGGUGCUCACAUGAAUGCAGCAGUGACGUUUACUAUGUGCGUAUUGGGCCGUCUUAGCUGGAAGAUGCUCCCACUCUACGUAAUUGCACAACUGCUGGGCUCCUUUAUUGCUGCGGGAACAAUUUUCGCCUUGUACUACGAUUCCAUUAAUCAUUAUUGUGGAGGAAACCUCACAGUGUUUGGCCCCAAAGCAACAGCAGGGAUCUUUGCCACUUAUCCAGCUCCUUAUCUCUCAAUACAAACUGGAUUCUUGGACCAGGUACUUGGCACUGCCAUGCUGUUGCUAUGUCUGAUGUCUCUGGCAGAUAAGAGGAACCAGCCUGCCCCAACUGGUGGAGAGCCUGUAGCUAUUGGAGCUCUUGUAUUGCUGAUUGGAGUUUCCAUGGGCAGCAACAGUGGCUAUGCAAUCAAUCCCACCCGAGACCUUGGGCCAAGAAUUUUUACAGCAAUUGCAGGCUGGGGAAUAGAUGUUUUCAGGGCAGGUAACAAUUGGUGGUGGGUGCCCUUGGUGGCCCCAUUAGUGGGUGGAGUGACUGGUGCUUUGAUAUAUAAAGCAUUUGUGGAGCUGUUCCAUUCUAAGGAUAAAAAACCAAAGCCCAGUGGACCAUCAGAGCACAUACCGCUGGAUGAGUGCAAGAAAGACAACACUGAUGAGUGUGUGAACUGUUAACAAAUCGAGUACCACUGGAACCAGAGAAGGGACAAGAGAGAGGAGCUAAAGAAAAAAUAGAUUUUUUUUCUUAAAUAGAAAUAGAAAAGUAAAGAAGCACUAUAAUCAGCUCCUGCCUGUUUGGAUCUUAUGAGCUCAAAAAGUAAAAAAAAAAAUCCCUCACUAGACAAACAUUUACCAUGACUGAAGAAUAAACUGGCAUGAAGGAACUGUUUUUUUUCCCUCUCUUAAAGAUUGUGUCUUCAAAUACAUUUGAAACAAUACUAUGAAUUCAUGCCACUGAUUUUAAGUAGCAGGACCAUUAAUCAAUAGUUUACCUGGAAACAACACAAAACUGAACCACAUUUAUAAAUCAUGUGGGGGCAACGUUUACAAUUUUAUUUACAUGAUUGAGAUUUUUUUUUAAAAUUUAAGGUAACAUUUGAAGUUUCAAGGCUGGAUUCAUUAUUGAAAGUCAUUCCCUCACUAGCCACCAGCUGUUACUGUCUACUGUUCAAUUUAAUUAGACAGAAAUUGCAAACGUUUGACAGGUUACAUGUUUCAAAAUCCAAAGCACUCUGUCUUGAAGUCUCAAUGAUUCUAAGUUUUUCUUUGAAUAGUAUAUCGGUUGAUUAGCAGAAUAAGAUUACAUGGCUGAAUAGUUGUUAUAGAAACAAUAAUAUAUUACAACAUGCACAUUAAUGCAAUAUAAACUGUGAUUUAUAGAACUACUGCCAGAGAUGUCGUUAUGGAAAAUGACUCAGCAUCUGUUUUGAGAAUUCAACAGUGAUGCAAUAUACAGUUUAUUCGAUUUAGAGUUGAAAAAAGAAAGACAGCUUGCAGUGAAAUUGCAGUAAAAUGGAUAUUUUCCAUCAUUCAUUUUUCACACUGACAGAAUCUGAUGCUUCAACGCUUUGCAUUAGUCUGACCUCAGUGUUUAUGCACUACAACUAAAAUAUUGCACUCUUAACUCAAGUUUUUAAGUAUGUUCAAAUAAAACAUUCUAGCUCUAUUUGCCAUGUGUCUCUUCACGCUUUGCCUGCCCUCGAUCCCCGACCUUUAGCAGGACCUCCACUUGAUGGCAUUUGGCUGGGCUGCUUCUUUUUGGGAGCAGGAGGCUUGGUUUUGCCACGGAAAGCCUUGUCUGGGUCCAGCUUGUUCAGGAAUGUUUCAGAAGUCAUACCGGAGUUAACAUGGAACGUAAGAGGUUGAUAAAGAGAUGCCCAUUGCUGUAUUAGAACAGAGAAAGAGAGAGAGAGAUAUCAUGUGCUGGUACCAGAUGUAAACUGUUGAACUGUGCAAAAUGAGCAUGAUAAGCAUGGAAGAGGGUGUGUGAGUAAUGUCCAGGGUGGAUGGGUGGGUGAGUGCAUUAGCUCAGAUUUGAGGAAGUCCAAUUGCAAACAGCGAAAGAUUCCUCACUGAACUUCCUCACUGUUGGUGAACUAUUGUAACCCCUGGGCAUUAAUCAGUUGCUUCCUUACUAUAAGUCAUAAAUAUAAUGUGAUAUAUAUUUCACGUUACAGUGAUGCCUCGAGAUACGAGUGCUUUGACACAUACAAA